CUCUAAGCCAUACAGGAAUCUGGCAACAGUUCCGCACCUUGACCAAAAAGCCUCAUAAUUUCAUGUGAAAUGUAAGUUCCACUCUUCCACUAUGCACCUCUUUUUUUGACAUGAGUUUCAUUUAUUGGUUGACCUUUUUCAACAAGCGUGUUGUGUGUAACCCAACUUCCACAUUGCUUUUGGUUCUCCUGUUCAUGGCUCUUCUUUGGGUCACCUUGGAUGACUACUUAAGCUUCUGUAUAGGGUCAAAUUGACGUUUUCCAUAUAACAAACCAUAUGUUCAAAAAAAAUAUAUACCAAACCAUGAAUCUGUUCUGGGUCUUGGUGUUAAUGGUUUUGUACAAUGGGUAUUUAUCAAAUGGGCUCAAUAGAAAUGCUUCUACAAGGCCUGACGUUGUGAACAUUGGAUCUAUAUUCACUUUUGAUUCUACAAUUGGCAAAGUUGCAAAAGUUGCUGUAGAAGCUGCAAUUGAAGAUGUGAAUUCCACUCCAGCCGUUCUCGGUGGAACCAAGCUGAAACUUACCAUGCUUGACUCCAAUUUUAGUGGAUUUAUGGGAAUCGUUGAGGCUUUAAGGUUUAUGGAGACUGAUACUGUGGCCAUAAUUGGCCCCCAAACAUCCGUCACAGCUCAUGUGAUCUCCCAUGUCGCAAAUGAACUCCAAGUACCUCUGUUAUCAUUUGCAGCUACAGACCCAACUCUGGCUUCUCUUCAGUACCCAUUCUUUGUGAGGACAACACAAAAUGAUCUGUUUCAGAUGGCUGCAAUAGCAGAAAUUGUUGAGUACUAUGAAUGGAGAGAAGUAAUUGCAAUCUAUGUGGAUGAUGAUCAUGGGAGGAAUGGGAUAGCUGCAUUAGGUGAUCAAUUAGCUGCAAGACGCUGUUCAAUCUCUUAUAAAGCACCCUUGGACGCUGUACCAAGCAAAGACAACAUCAGAGAUGUCUUGGUUCAGGUGGCUUUAAUGGAGUCUCGGAUUCUUGUUGUCCACACUUAUGCUGGUAGGGGUCUAGAUGUACUUUCGGAGGCACAAUAUCUUAAUAUGAUGGAUAGUGGAUAUGUCUGGAUCACUACAAAUUGGCUCUCUACAAUUUUGGAUACCGAUGCUCCCCUUCCUCCACAGGUAAUCAAUAACAUUCAAGGUGUUAUCACGCUUCAAAUGUACACACCAGAUUCAGAGCUCAAGGCAAACUUCAUCUCUAGAUGGAGCAACUUGACGAGUAAAGAGAUGGAUCGUGGUCCUAUUGGGUUGAAUACUUAUGGACUAUAUGCUUACGACACUGUUUGGCUGCUUGCUCAUGCAAUUGAUGCAUUUUUCCAUCGGGGAGGAAAUAUUUCAUUUUCUAAUUAUUCAAGAUUAAGUGAACUACAGGGAGGGAGCUUGCAUCUUGAUGCUAUGAGCAUCUUUAAUGGUGGGAAUUUAUUGCUCGACAGUAUUUUACAAGUCAAUAUGACGGGUGUAAUAGGACCAUUAAAAUUUACUUCAGAUAGGAACCUCUUCCGUCCUGCAUAUGAAAUUAUUAACGUAAUUGGCACAGGAGUUAGGAGGGUCGGUUAUUGGUCUAAUUACUCCGGUUUAUCAGUUGUGCCUCCAGAAGCGCUUUACAUGAAGCCGCCUAAUCAUUCCAGUUCAAAUCAACGACUAUACGGUGUAAUCUGGCCUGGACAAACAACACAGAAACCUCGAGGGUGGGUUUUCCCACACAAUGGCAGGCAAUUGAGAAUUGGAGUUCCAAAUCGUGCUAGCUUUCGUGAAUUUGUUGGAGAAAUAUCAGGCACAGAUAUGUUCAAAGGGUAUUGCAUCGAUGUCUUUACAGCUGCCAUAAACUUGUUGCCAUAUGCAGUGCCCUAUAAAUUAAUUCCCUUUGGGGAUGGUCGUGAUAACCCUAGUUGCACUGAGCUUGUGCGCUUGAUAACAGCUGGCGUUUAUGAUGCUGCAAUAGGUGACAUUGCAAUCAUCACUAACCGAACAAGGAUGGUGGAUUUCACUCAGCCGUAUAUUGAGUCCGGGCUAGUUGUUGUAGCACCAGUUAGAAAGUUGAAUUCUAAUGCUUGGGCUUUUCUGAAGCCAUUUUCUCGUAUGAUGUGGGGUGUCACAGGAUUGUUUUUCCUGAUUGUGGGGGCUGUAGUUUGGAUUUUGGAACAUAGACUGAAUGACGAUUUUCGUGGCCCUCCCAGGAAACAAAUUGUCACUAUCCUCUGGUUUAGCUUUUCAACAUGGUUUUUUGCCCAUAGAGAAAAUACAGUUAGCACCCUUGGUCGCCUGGUCCUUAUACUAUGGCUAUUUGUGGUUCUAAUAAUCAACUCCAGUUACACUGCAAGCCUUACCUCGAUCCUUACAGUACAGCAGCUUUCUUCACCAAUAAAAGGGAUUGAAAGUUUAUUAACGGGCAGUGACCCCAUAGGUUACCAACAGGGUUCCUUUGCUCGUAACUAUCUGACUGAAGAACUGGGCAUUCAUGAGUCUAGACUCAUUCCUCUUAAAUUGCCAGAAGACUAUGCCAAAGCCUUAACAGAUGGGCCUAACAAUGGUGGUGUUGCUGCAGUGGUGGAUGAACGUGCAUAUAUAGAACUCUUCCUCUCGAGCCGCUGUGAAUUCUGUAUUGUUGGUCGAGAGUUCACCAAGAAUGGAUGGGGAUUUGCCUUUCCACGAGACUCUCCUCUAGCAUUUGACAUGUCGACAGCCAUUCUGAAACUCUCAGAGAAUGGGGAACUCCAAAGAAUCCAUGACAAAUGGCUGAUGAGAAGUGCCUGUAGUUCUCAAGGUACAAAGCUUGAAGUGGACCGGCUUCAGCUGAGGAGCUUCUCAGGCCUCUUUUUCAUAUGUGGAUUAGCAUGCUUGGUUGCUCUUCUUGUAUAUUUCAUGCACAUGGUAUGCCAGUUUAGCAGAUAUUACUCUCAAGAAUCUGAGUCCUCUGGUCCAAGCUCAAGAUCAGCACGACUACACACAUUUCUGUCAUUUGUCAAUGAAAGGGAACUAGUAAAAACCCAAUCCAAGCGAAGGCAAAUGGAGAUGGCUUCAAAUAGAGUUAUUGAAGAAGAUGAAUCAAUAAAUGGUUCCAAGAAAAUCCGCACAGAAAUGGUUUCAAACAGGAAGUGUUAGUUUUGAAUGUGCUACUUGAUUAGUUUCAUCCUGCUGCAAGUUAUAUACUGUACCAUAUGGGAGUUUCCUUAUGGUCUCAUCAUUUGCUUUUGUAAUAUGGUAAUUGUAACUCUGCUGGCCAUCUUAACCAGGCAUUUUAUGCACAUAUGUCAAGUUUCCAUAACCACAAUCCGCUGAUCAUUUGAAUGUCAAUCUUGUG